CACUACGUGCCUCCUUUAUAAAAUAUCACAAGUUUAUAAAGCAAAACGAGUGGAAAACAGCACGAACCCUUAAAAAGAUAUCAGAGGAUCUGGCAAUGAAAGACAAGAAAAAUGAAGAAAUAGAAAGCAUGAAGGUGACCAUCAGCAAGCUGGAGGAGACCCGGGAGCUCAUGGAGCAGCGCGUGAAGGACUACCACAUCUACGAGGACUUCCUGAACAAGGUGGUGGCCCACACUCAGCCUCACGCCAAGGACACGUCCUCCGGCAGUCACCAGUCCAUGGUCGUCCCUCGCCUCGAAUCAAUCAACGAUGUCAUCCACCGAUACGAGACCUUCAUAGCGGCCCGGGACGACUUGCUGGAGCGCCAGAGACACGCCAUGGAGUCCUUAGAGCGCGAGAGGAAAGCCAUGGCUCAGCUCGAACAGGAGAAGAUCCAGACGCUGAUCGGCCUGAACAACGAGUUGGCAACACUGCACGUGCGGUACGACCAGGCGCUCGCCAACACGGUCUCGUGGGAGGGAGCUCUGGCGCGCAUCACGCAGACCGGCUCCGAGAAGAUCUCCGAGCUCGGCCAGGUGCGAGCGGCCACGUGGAGCAUGUACCAGGAGGUGUGCCGGCAGCGAGGCGAGCCCGUCUCGGUCGCCGAGAGCAACGCAGAGGCCCAGCUCGCGGCCAUCAAGGAGUUCCUGCAGCUCACCGAGCAGAUCGUGGCUCUGUGUGCCCACAAGCACCAGCGCCAGCUGGCUACCUGACCACACACCGCACUACCCCGUCUCCAUCAUGUGAGAGAUCAACAUGUAACUCGUCAUGACUUUUAUUAUAAA